AUGCGUGCAUUGCUCCGAAAAUGGCAGCGGAAAAAGCCCGAACCGACGACGACAAUCAAACCAGGCCAAGACGCCAAAUCGAUACCACGACCAAAAUUACCGAGAGGUGAGCCUCUCGAGCAGAAGCAGUGUGUGCUUUUCGGGAAGCUGUCGGCUGAAAUGCGACUGCUCAUCUACGAGGAGGCUCUCGCUGACCCGCAGCGUCUGCUGCACAUUUUGCACGUUACCCCAAUUGGGGUGAACAUGCAUCCUCAGAUCCAAGAGGAGGCGCUUCACUUCUUCUAUCAAGCGGCAGAGUUCAGUGUUGGUGACGGCAAUGAAUACACAACCCCAUUUCACGAAUCGACAUCGCACAUGUCCAGCAUCUUGUCGAUGGAGAAGACGCGCAACCAUUACUGUGUCCGGCAUUUCCGGGCUUUAUCGACCGAAUAGGGAUACAACUUCUACAGACUCUUUCGCAGGUUCCUUGGAUAACUUAAAAGAUUCUGCUGACUUAUUUACAGACUUUGUGGGUCUGUUUACAGAAUCUGUGGAGAUCACACUGAACGAUACUCAACGAAAACUCAUUCGAAAUAUCACAGAUAAUGAUUUGGUUCGCCUUCUACGUCUUUCAGCGCGACUUCACCUGGACUCUGGUUCAAUGACUCGCAUCGAAGAACAAGCUCACCUCCAAGCGUUACAAGACUUGCAGGAAGCGUCGUAUGGCAUCAGCUAUGUCCAGAUGCAUUUCCAGCUGGCACGGCAAGCUUGCCAGUCCAGAUUGCUUGGAAAUUCUCGAGACACGAACCAUCAUUUCGUAGUCAGCCGCUGGAUCUUGGCAAAACCCAUACUUGUCCCCCCUUCCAUACGCUUCACACCUGCCCGCUCGGUAGCCAAGAAGUCUGGAUCGCACGCUGUGGGGCAGGAAUCAGGAUCUUUACAUACUAUGAAUUUGCCACAUUGGAUAGACAACCAUGACAACCUUGAGCAUCAACCGCAGACGAUCAUGACGACGGCUAUGGCAUGUCGCCGUAGCGGAAUCGGGCUAAAAGACGGUGUUCUAUAGGCGCUCGCUCCUGUCUCCUCCAAUUAGGCAUCGCUGCUAGAGACGAGAGCCCUGCCCGAAAGCGCGAUACCGUCUAGGUCACAAGACGAUGCCAUGGCCUUUAUGUGAUUCAACACAUCACGAAUGUAGGCUGAUCCGUCUAUCGGCUCGCCCUUGUCCUCUCCCGGCACUUACACUCUAGUGUACGUCUAUAUUUAAUUGCACAAUUACGCCCUGCGCUAGA